AUGUUCCGCAACUGGCUUCUUCUCCUAUUGGAUUCUCCCCUCCUCGUGAAAAUUUUACUUCGUGCAGCUUACCAUCAAAAGAUUCUCGCACGUUUGAUCUAUUCUGCCAAAAGCAAUUGUACGUCAAAUCGUUGCCUCUUCGAGAGUCCCACACCAGCGUUGUCACUGGAUUUUUACACAACACAACUGAACAAAGCACCUGGAACACGAUUCACUGCCAAACUUUAUUCAACAUCCACAGCCUUUGACGAAGAACACUCACUGAUAACCGAUUGGGGGAUUGUGUUGGUGGUAACAGCCGUAUUCCUGAUCGUGCUCUUAAGUAUCUCGUAUUUAUUCUACAUGAAACGAAAUCUUUUGCUCAGAAGGAUUUUUAAUCUGCUCAGUAACAGUGCUGCAUUUUAUGAAUUAAGAUCCGGAGAGAGUUUUACAUAUGGUGGUGUUAUAGCUGACUUGAAUGGUAGUGCUCUAGAUGCUUCAAAGUCAGCGCAGGCAAAGAAGAAGGAGGCGAGUGGGUGCGAUAAAACAGCACCGAUCUAUCGUAGACAACCUCGCACGAGUAUACCCUCAGUGCAUAUCCCCAACUUUGAACCGAUGCCUACAAUUGCUGAAGAGGAUAAUGAGGUAGCUGAAAGUGACGCAUCUUCAGUGCCAAAUUCACGCAGGAACUCCUCGUUGGAACGGCCAUCGAUUCGUGUAUUAUAA